CGGAACGCGACCAGGAGGGCGACGCGGCGGCCGCAGCCAUGGGCGCAGCGACUGCGGUGGUGUGGAGGGGUCUCGAGGAACGGCCGGGCCGGGCUGGGGACACGGCCGCCGGCACUGGCCCACGACGCUGAGCCGCGGUGGGGUCCCCGCCGGCGCCGUGAGGGCCCGUGAGUGCGAGCGGGGCGCAUCGGAGGAGCCGGGCAGCGGCUCACCACCUUAGCGGGGCCCGCUUGGCCGCCGGGCGGAUCGAGAGGGCCGUGUGGGCACAUCUGGGGGUGCGGAGACCCCGCCAGGCGCGUUUAGGGGGCGGGGCGUGUCCGCAGGGGCCGCCGCCCAUCCCCGGGGGGCACCGCCGGGGCCCAGCGCCGCCUGGGUCGAGCCAGGGGCGCCCCUGGAUGGCUGAGCUGCCCCCUCGCCGGCCGGCCGGGCGCCGCAGCGGCUGAGCUCGCUGGGAUCGCCGGGCCGCCGCCGCCCUCGCUGCCCCCUGCAUGCUCGGCGCCCGGGUCGCGGCCCACCUGGACGCGCUGGGCCCCCUGGUCCCCUACGUGCCGCCGCCGCUGCUGCCCUCUAUGUUCUUCGUGGGCCUGUUCUUCGUCAAUGUGCUGAUCCUGUACUACGCCUUCCUCAUGGAGUACAUCGUCCUCAACGUGGGCCUCGUCUUCCUGCCCGAGGACAUGGACCAGGCGCUCGUGGACCUCGGCGUGCUCUCCGACCCCGGCUCGGUCCUCUACGACGCCGACUCGGAGCUCGACGUCUUCGAUGGUUACUUGGACUAGGCUUGGCUGCCGUCCCCUCCCCACCCCCCAGCGACCCGCAGCCCUCCAUCCGGACCAGCCGCCCGGAUCAUGCCGCCGCUUCUGGUUGGAGGCACCGUCUGGCCAGGGAUGGAACCCCCAGGACGAGGCCCUCUCCAGUCUCCCAGGCCUGCCUGCUCCCCUCAUAAGCUCCGUGCCAACAGAGAGGUUCCCGUCCAGACCCAGGACGGUGGGAUGGAGAGACUGAGACUGAGGGCCGAGGUGGGGAAGGCAUCUCUCCCUGCCCGAGGGGGACGGCAGGGCGUCCGG